GCUCAAACUUUUGCUGUGUAAUCCGUACAGGCGAGGCUAACACACGUCUGUCGCUUCGGAGUACUUUUUAUUACUAUUUCAGUUUAUACGUGUUGUACACAAUGGAAUAUUUAAUCGGACUACAGGGACGGGAUUUUGUCCUCGUCGCCGCCGAUAAUGUUGCAGCUUCCAGCAUCAUUCAGAUGAAACACGACUAUGACAAGAUGUUCAAGCUGAGCGAGAAGAUCUUGCUGCUGUGUGUUGGAGAAGCGGGAGACACGGUGCAGUUUGCAGAGUACAUCCAGAAGAACGUUCAGCUCUACAAAAUGAGGAACGGUUACGAACUCAGUCCUGCAGCAGCAGCGAACUUCACACGAAAGAACCUGGCAGACUACCUGCGGAGCAGAGUAAGUUCUCUGCCGGUCGUUUUUAAUUCCAGCCCUCACGUUCUUCUGCUUGUCGUUGCAGAUCUGACCCGAGACGAAGCCGUGGACCUGCUGAAGAAGUGCAUCGAGGAGCUGAACAAACGCUUCAUCCUGAACCUCCACUCCUUCACCGUGCGUCUGAUUGACAAGGAGGGCAUCCACGACCUGGAGAAGAUCACCCUCGGCAACAAGUGACCGCCCGCUGCUCUGCUGCCGCCGCCGACCCGCUCCGUCGUUCUUUUUGUACCGAUGACCUCCUUGCUCUUUCUGUUCCAAUAAAAAGUGACACACAGUUGA